UUAUUUACCACAAUUUCCGCAUUCUUUUUUGGGGGUUGCUGAAGCUGAUUCGUUUCCUGUUAGCAAUACCCUAUCAAGCAGCUGUAAUUUGAAGAUAAAACUCAGCCUUCCAGCCAAAACACCGUCUGGGGAUCUAAGAGCACCGUAUAUAGCCAAAAUAUUCUGCUUUCAAAGUUGAAAGAUCAGAGAGACUUGAGAAUCAUGAAAAUCACGCUGUCCCUUCCUGUGCUGGUAGUACUGGCUCUCUCAGUUUGCUGCUACUCUUACGAGCCAAAUACUUUACCUGAUACAAGAGACAAACAGUUUAUUGAGGAGUGCGUGACGGCUCAUAACCAUUUUCGGUCCCGGGUGAAUCCAGCAGCUAGCAACAUGCUUCACAUGAGCUGGGACCCAGAUUUGGCAAAGACAGCCAGAGCAUGGGCAAAGACAUGUCAGUUUAAACAUAAUAUCUAUCUCAAGAUACGCGGGAAGGCCCACCCUACCUUUACUUCUGUUGGAGAAAAUAUCUGGACUGGCUCUCUUCGCAUGUUUUCUGUGACUGCGGCCCUCACUAGUUGGUACGAUGAGUUCAAAGACUAUGCCUAUGGCACCAAUACUUGCACCAACGUGUGUGGCCACUACACUCAGGUUGUUUGGGCGACAAGUUACAAAGUUGGUUGCGCUGUUCACUUUUGCCCUACAGUAACAGGGUUUCGUGGAUCUAAUGCAGCACAUUUUAUUUGCAACUAUGGGCCAGCUGGGAAUUAUCCAACAUGGCCAUAUGACAUGGGAGCAGCAUGCAGCAAAUGCAACGGUGAGAAGUGUGUGGAUAAGCUAUGUGAAAAUCCAGAGCGUGAGAAAGUCAUAAGUAACUCUGGGUGGUAUCCGGACUGGGACAGGUAUCCAGACCAGGAUAAAGCCAUGUGUGACCAAUAUUGUAUCACUGUUCUAGCUUUAAGGCCAUUGUUAAUUAUAUUGACUUUUGGAGCUGUUUGGUUUCUACAGAAGCAUUAUCCCCAAGUAUCUAUAAGUGACUAAUACGCAUUUGAAAGAUUGCAGGAACACUUCAGGCUAUUCUACUCCUAUUCCACAUGCAGAUUUCCCCUACUCCAUGGGCAGAUUUAUUAGUGCGGGGAAAUCCAACACAAUGAUCUGUAGAAUGAGGCCUAAUCUAUUAAUGAUGAGUGCAUUUAUUUAUUUUCAAAUCACAUGCAAAAAAAGCCACCCACAACCCUUAAUCCAAGGUAACUAUCUGGAUAUAGGUGAAGGCUCACUGUAAUUCGUUUGGUUAAGAGUUAAGGGCAUGCAUUCACCCUUCUCUUUUACGUGCUCUGUUAUUUGAGGACCUAAUGUCAUCAAGCUUGUGCAGUUAACAUGUAGCUAAUUGCUGCUGUCCUUACCCAAAGGAGUAGUCCAAUAGAAGUCAAUUGGACUACUUAUGUGAAUAAAUGAAGCAAGAUUUGGCCUGUAACCUUUUGCAUUUGACUCUGUAGGUGUUUAGUUUUUGUUUAAAUGUUUGAGGGGAUGACGAGAAGAGGCACAAGCGUAGUAAGAGGAGGCCCUAAGAUAUAAACCUUUGUAUCAGAGGCCUGAGGCCUAAACUAAAGUAAUGGUCAAGACU